AUGGAUUUUCGUGAUGUUUGGAUGAAGUCGGACUCUCCCGAAAGUCAAUUGGUCCACUGUCCAGAACACUUGAGACACUGCCAGGACAUUUCAGUAAUGUUCAUUGUCAUCUCAUUUCUGCUGCUUCUCAUUAACAUUGGAACUAUAACCUUCAUCAACAGGAAGAGAAUUUCGCGCAAAUUUCGGGAAACAUUCUUUCAACUUCCGAUAGAGGACGCCGACUCAGCUAUAUUCCCAGCAGUCUAUCCCGAAUCAACAGAGCUCAAAAAUUGUUGA